GAAUAAAAUUUUAGAAUCAUGUCGAAGGGAGUUAGGGAGAAGUAUUUUGACAAGAAGUCACCUUGAAACCCAAAAAUUAGGCUCCCAAGAGUGAAAAAGGAGAAGUUAUUGAACAAAAAUGUGAAAAUUCAGAAAAUUCACGAUGACUUUGAAAGGCAUUUAAAUCAGAGAGAAAUUGGAUUGUUUGGGAUGGAUAAAAAGCUGUUCAAGGAAAUUUUGGAGAAAAUAGGAUAUCCAAUGAGCCUUACCAAAGCUAUUGAGGGUUAUCUUAAAGUUGAAGACUUAGAAAAACAAGGAAAUCUUCACAUAGCUCUUCAGACGCUGGCUAAAUGGGUUUACCAAAAUUGAAAAAGUCUAAAUCCUGAUGUCAAAAGUAAAAGUCGGAGUAUUCGUUCAUUCUCAACAGUGAAUCGGAGCUUAGCCUCAAUCCAUAAGCUGAGAGAGAGGAAAUCAACUCAAGAUUCAUUAGAUUAUUGUGAAAUGGAGUAUCGUCAAGGUACUAACAGAGUGAGUAAGGUAAACACAGAGCUAAAGUUGCCUGACCUUAAGAGGCUGAGAUCUAGGGUGAAUAAGCUAUUGCCUGACCCAAAACAUCCUUGGAGAGAUCCGCUCAAGAACACUCCUUUCAAGUGGUAUGAAAUGAUAGACGUUUCCUCUGACUCUGAAGGGGAAGGAGACCAAGAUGAUAAAUGAAGCUUUUUGAGGAAACUCACUGUCAACAGGCGUAAAAGAAGGGAAGAGACAGAGAAGAAAAUGAGAGAGCUCAAAAUGACUCCUGAAUAUGGCAUGAACGCAGCAAAGAUAAGGCUCAAGGAGAAAAAGAGGAAAGAAGACAGCAUGCUUCGUAGCUCUGGAGUUGAUAAGUUAACUUCAUGUUUAACUUCUGAACUCUCCAAUAGUAUUGGAGCUUAUAAUCUUAAGAUUCUACUUAAAAGGAAAUGGUAUGAGGACAAAAAGAAUUAUAAGAUAAUGGGCACUUUAUCUAAAAAGGAAGAAAGAAGAUUAUCAAAGGUAAUCCCUCUGCAUAGGUUCACAUAA